GAUAUAAUUUAGUUCCAGAACCAGAACCGGAGGAGAUGACUUCUUUUAAUACCCAACCCAAGCCACCAGGGUCACCACCACCACCACAAUUUCUUCAACGAUGUCAAACCAAAUCGAUUCCGACGAGAUCCUCAUCGACUUCCACCCACGUUUCCGAACAUACAAGAGCGGCCGAGUUGAGCGUUUCUUCGGCACCACCACUGUCUCCUCCGGCCUUGACCCUUCAACCGGCGUCCUCUCCAAAGACCUUCUCCUUCCCCUCCCCUCCUCCUCCUCCUCCAUCUCAGCCCGUCUCUUCCUCCCUCCUCAUCCUCAACCUCACUCUCUUCCCAUCCUUCUCUAUUUCCAUGGUGGCGGCUUCUGCAUUGAAUCCACCACCUCCCCCACCUACCACUCCUACCUCAACUCCCUCUCCUUAACCUCCACCGUCCUCAUCCUCUCCGUUGACUACCGCCGUGCUCCUGAACACCUUCUCCCCACUGCCUACUCUGACUCCUGGCAAGCUCUCCAAUGGCUCACUUCCUCCCGUGAAGAAGAAUGGCUCAUUUCCUACGCUGACUUCACCCGUCUUUUCCUCGCCGGAGACAGCGCCGGAGCUAAUAUAGUUCACCAGCUAGCUCUAAGAGCUGGCAGAGAGAAGCUUGGUGAAGGUCCUCAUGGUUUUCCGGAGCUCCGGGGAGCAAUGCUUGUCCACCCUUACUUCUGGGGGUCAACUCCUGUGGGGAAUGAGACUAAGGAUGAGUUGGCGAGGUCUAGAGUUGAGUGUCUUUGGAAAAUGACAGCCUCGCCGGAGAUGGGAGUUGAUCAUCCUUGUUUUAAUCCCUUCGCCGAGGGGGCGCCGCCGUUGGCCGGAGUUUGUUGCCGGAGAGUGUUGGUUUGUGUGGCGAGUGAAGAUGUGUAUUGUGAAAGAGGGAAGUUGUAUUAUGAGAAGUUGGUGGGAAGUGGAUGGGAUGGUGUUGGGGAGUUGUGGGUUGAUGAAGGUGAAGGUCAUGUGUUUCAUUUGAUGAAACCUCUCUCUGAUAAAGCCUUGGAGAUGAUGAAGAAGGUUGUUGCUUUCUUGAACUCUUGAUCAUAUUAGUUUAAACUUUAAUUAAUCAUUUAGUACCUUUCUUGAAUUUUAUUUAUAUUUUAUAUUUUUAUUUUUAUGAAAUGUUUUGUCUAAGUCAUUAUGAUUGUGAUCCAGGAGUGAAGUUGGUACUCUUGAGUAGUCUUGAUGGGAAGAUUGAUGUUUUUUUUUUAAUAAAUUUUGUUUUUGGUGUUAA